ACAUGAUGCUUUGGGGUAGGGAAACGGACUACGGAUGCCUAGACCCGGCAUCGCGGUUCAGUUAGGAUACGCUUCACUCGAAGUGUAAAAUGGUCAAGUUACUGUUCAGAUCUCCACAAGAAACAUCUCCAGGUUUCUGGAGAUGUAAAAGCGAAAGCAACUGGCGCGCAAAGGGAUUUUUUUGUUUUUUUAACUGUUGCGGUUUAACUCCCGGAAACCGCAUUCCACUGGGUCGGACUCCGCGCGCGCUGGUGACGCAGCUGCUGCGCCGGAAGUGCGAGCCGUAGGUUCCGGGACUCAGCUAUGGCUGCUGCGGCAGCACGCUGGAAUCACGUGUGGGUCGGCACCGACACCGGCAUCCUGAAAGGCGUGAAUCUUCAGCGCAAACAAGCGACCAACUUCACGCCGUCGGGACAGCCGCGGCGCGAGGAGGCGGUGAGCGCCCUGUGUUGGGGCGCGGGCGGCGAGACUCAGAUCCUGGUGGGCUGUGCGGAUGGGACAGUGAAGCACUUCAGCACCGAGGAGGGCAGGUUCCAGGGUCAGAGGCACUGCUCCGGAGGGGAGGGCAUAUUCCGAGGCCUCGCCCAAGUCGACGGCACCCUCAUCACAUGUGUGGAUUCUGGGAUUCUUCGAGUCUGGCAUGACAAUGACAAGGAGGCAUCCUCUGACCCUCUCUUGGAACUCAGAGUGGGCCCUGGGGUGUGUAGGAUGCGCCAAGACCCAGCGCGCCCCCACAUGGUUGCCACAGGUGGGAAGGAGAAUGCUCUGAAGGUGUGGGACCUGCAGGGCUCUGAGGAGCCUGUGUUCAGGGCCAAGAACGUACGGAAUGAUUGGCUCGACCUGCGGGUUCCCAUCUGGGACCAGGACAUACAGUUCCUCCCUGAGUCACAGAAGCUCGUCACCUGUACAGGGUACCACCAGGUCCGUGUCUAUGAUCCAGCCUCCCCCCAGCGCAGGCCGGUCCUCGAGGCCACCUACGGAGAGUACCCACUGACAGCCAUGACCCUCACUCCUGGGGGCAAUUCGGUGAUUGUGGGGAACACUCAUGGGCAGCUGGCAGAAAUUGACCUUCGGCAGGGGCGCCUACUGGUCUGUCUGAAGGGGCUGGCGGGCAGCGUCCGAGGGUUGCAGUGCCACCCUUCAAAGCCCCUUCUAGCCUCCUGUGGCUUGGACAGAGUCUUGAGGGUACACAGGAUCCGGAAUCCACGGGGCCUGGACCAUAAGGUUUACCUCAAAUCUCAACUGAACUGCCUCCUGCUGUCAGGCAGGGAUAACUGGGAGGAUGAACCCCACGAGCCUCAAGAGCCCAACAAGGUGCCCUCAGAAGACACAGAGACAGAUGAACUCUGGGCUUCCUUGGAGGCAGCUGCCAAGCGGAAACUCCCCGGUUUGGAGCAGUCCCAAGGCGCCCUCCAAACCAGACAGAGAAAGAAGAAGAGGCCUGGGUCCACCAGCUCCUGAAGAGCUUGUGCUCACGUUGUAAAUAAACAGCUUAAU